UCAUUGAUAUUUUUAUAAUUAAUUUCAUAUAAGAUGAAGACAGAGUAUAUUCCAAAAACUUAAAGUUUAAAUGAAGUCUCUAGCUUUAGCUCCACUGUUUUCGUAUUGUUUUCACAGUGUAGAAAACCAGGUUUUUAGUGCUGAGCCUUUAUAAAUGAGGCUCAUUCCAUGGUUGGACAGUUUCCAUUGAAAAACUAACAGGCAAACAUUAUUAAUCGACAACGGACACAAUCCACUUUUCAAAGAGCCUUUAUUUCCUCAUGAGAAACAACCAAAAGCACAAGGUCUGUAAGCACAGCCCCCUUUGGUUCUCGCUGGCUUAAAACUCCACCCUGGAUCACAUGCAAAGGAGAAAGGUUUUGAAUUUUCAAUGUGCAUCACAUCAUGACCGUGAUUAUUUUAUUUAAUUAGGACAAACUGGGUGACCUCUGAAUGGACUUUGCUGCAGAUACAUUGGUAAGGAACUUUUUUUGUGAGAGAUUUGUUACACUGUGUCAUGCUUACUAUGAGACAUAUUACUGUGCUACUAUAAUUCUGUGGGUAUUUUAGGAAUUCACAAAAAUAGCUUGUCCAUGUUUUCCUCAUGGAAAUGUGUGUUGUCUGCUAAAGACAUGGGUUAGAAGGUUGAUUUCCCAGACUGUCUUCAUUCUGCUGGUUACAACAAACCCACUACCAGUAAUCACACACCUUUUAAAUGGGGCUCUCAAGCAUCUCUUACAUAACCAAUCAGAUUUUCCAUUAAUAUUUAUUGGCCUGUCAAGUGUAACUGAAGCACUGAGGCGACCUGAGUAGUGUCAUGCACUGCUGAGCCUCUAAGUUGAUGAAAGGACUUCUGUCUGCUAAACAGGCCAUGUUUAUUCGCUCUGCAAACACUGACUGCUCAUGUGGAAGCCAGCUCCAGUCAUGUGGUAGUUCCUCUCUGAUCAGCCUAAGCGGUGGGGAGUUGUGAUGUCCUGCUAAGCCUGUGUGAUGCUACAGCUUGGGGGGGAAGAAUUUCACCUUUUUUUCCCAAGUGUACUCACUGUAUAAGCAAGGUUGGAUUACCGAUCAGGUAAAGCGGGCAACUGUCCAGAGGCCCCAAUACUCCAGGUUCACUCCAUAUCAAUUGGUUGUGUAUUAUACUAAAGCUCUAAAUUGGUUUAGUUUAUAUUGGGCACAUUUGUUUUAAAGGUUUGGCUUAUCAAGUUGCUUCUUUUUUUCUGUUUCCAGUAAUUAAGGCAUAGAAAACCUCAGAAUUUUCCAUCAUAGAGGAAGUGUAAGGCUGCAGCCAUCAAUUAUUUUCACUUUAUUUGAUAAUUAUUUUCGGUAUAAUCAACUGGGUUUGUUUAUUUUAUAAAACCUUAGAACAUAGUGGGGGGACACCUUUAUUGAGCUUACUCUAUUAGAAAACUGGAGCAAGCUGGAGAAACUAGUACCAGUGAAUUUUUACCAUCUUUGCUUAAAAAUGAGUUAAAUCAAAAAUCUUUUUUUGUAAUUGUUGCCAGUGAAUUUUCUGAGUUGACAGUUUAUGACCAUGACAUGUCAGGUAUAGGCUACUGGUUGGUUUCUGGGGAAAUAAUGAAACUGACGUGUACAGCGUGGGGUCUGGAGGGGCCCCGAAGGUUAUCCCGGUCUAAGACACCUCUUCUAAACUCUCAUGGUUUGGUGCAUGAUGCAUCAAACGAGCAGUGCAAUUUACUGUAAGUUCAACUGUGUGGCAGGUUAAAGCUGCACGAUGGCUGACUGGGACUAUGACUAUCUGGUCAAGCUGCUGGCACUGGGGGACUCAGGGGUCGGAAAGACCACCUUCCUCUACAGGUACACUGACAACAAAUUCAACCGCAAGUUCCCAACCACAGUGGGCAUUGACUUCAGGGAAAAGAGAGUGAUGUACACUGGGACAGGUGCUGGUGGAGCAGCUGAGAGGAACUACAGAGUCCACCUUCAGCUCUGGGACACAGCAGGACAAGAGAGGUUUAUUUUUUGGAUUUUUCCUUCUUUUUUUUGGAUGAGUCAACUACAAGCCAAUGCAUACUGUGAUAGCCCAGAUAUUGUGUUGGUGGGCACCAAGGCAGACCUCCAAGAUGUGAGGGAGGUUCACACCAGACAAGCCAGAGAUCUGGCAGACAGAUACAGCAUCCCCUACAUUGAGACCAGUGCAGUGACAGGUGUUGACGUGGACCGGGCUGUGAUCACCCUGUUGGACCUGGUGAUGAAGAGGAUGGAGCAGAACACAUACGGGGGCUGCAGCUCUGCAUGCCUGUGCACAAGAGAGAAAGAGGAGGGAGAGGAGGAGUACAAGACUUUAACAACUGUACAUAGUAAAUGA